UAGACAGUGGACCUAAAGACUUAAGAACUAGAAUUGGCCUAAAGAUAGGUAUGAUCAAGCUACUGAAAGUGCAGAGGGAUAAUAACAGUCUCAAGAUACCUUCACCCAGUAGGUGUGCCCCAUACUUUCUACGGUGUGUGUCACCAAGGUGAGGGCUGAAGCAGUUCAAAUGCUCCAUGAGCAGGAGGAAGCCAUGGGACGACGUGGAGGGUCCCCGCAGAGAAUGGAGCCUCUUCAGUAUCGGAAACCACAGGAAACCAGGUCAAUGCGUGGGGCCCACCCUCUCAGCUCCAGGGCUCAGCUAUGAGACCUGGGGCUUCCUGAGCAGACUGUACUGAUGAGUGGAUCCUUGAAGCUGGAGGCCCUUUGGCAGAAGUGCUGGAACUGGCCAACGGGUAGAGAGAGAAAGCUGGACCGUAGUCCUGAAAGUCAGCCAGGUGGGAGCCAGGAUGCACAGGGGGACAUGUGAGGUUUACGUGCUUUUUUGUUCUGCCCACCUCUAAGUGGUGCAUCAGUCACCUCGGUCUCCAGCACCCACUGCAGAGAAGUGCUUCAUGGCUCUGUCAGUCUUUUAAGUGAGAGGAUGAAGCACGUGUCCAGGGGAGAUUCAAGGCCAGGAGCACGCUAAGGGGCGGGUCUGAUCUGCAGGGUGUUGCAGGAGUAGGAGGAGUUACGAAGUGGGUGCAGCCGCCAUCCAUCCCCCUGACCCUGUGCCCGCCUCUUGCCUGUUAUUUCUCUGCCAGAGCAGGAGCCCCCUUGCCCUCCAGGUAGGGGAGUAGGGUUUUCUGGGGGGCAAGUGUCCUUCAGUCCCUCCACUUGGAGGAGAAGGAAUGUGGCCUGGCCGGCUGGUUGGGCUUGAGGAGGAGCUUUGGGGCAGGGCGGGGCAGGGGCAGGCUGAGGCGAGGGCUCCUGCUGGCACUGCACUCCCUGCUGCUGCACGGCAAGGCCCUGCCACCCACCUUCAGGAGGCGCAGCCAUGUUCUGGAUACCCUGAUCCCUCGGAAGCCCAUGGGGAGCCCCGGACUGGCAGCCCUGCUCCUGCCUCUCGUCCAGCUGCUCCUUGGCCUGUCUGCCUCUGCUAGUAUUGGCUGCCCCUACCUUCCCAGCUGGAGCACCCUCUGUCUGCUGGCGUCCCACAUGGAUGACAGUUUCACUGGAAGGUCUGCCCAGAUUCCUCGCCAUACCCUAUUGGCCUUUCCCCCCUCCCCAAAGCCUUGGCGUGCUUGGCUCUGCCACUGUCCCUGCUGUUGGUGCCUGCAUCUGGUGUCAGAUCCUUCGGGUCUUCAGUGGGACUGGCUCCACCUCCUGGUGCAGAAAUCCAAAAAGUCUUACAAGUUCCGGUUCUGUAGGAGGCACACGAUGCCAGCAUCUGCUCAGAGGAAGCUGCUAAGUAGCCGUUGCCUGUCUGAGAAGGGCCAUCACAUCUCCGUCCCCUCCCCAGACACCUCCCACAAGGGGCUGCGUUCCAAAAGAACCCAACCUGCAGAUCCAGAGAAAGGGGAAGUUCUCUCCAAACGUGGCUCACAAAGGCUUGGAGGGCCUGAGUUCUCCUUUGACUUGCUGCCUGAGGCACGGGUUAUUCAAGUGACCAUUCCUCCAGGCCCUGAGGUCAGUGUGCGUCUUUGCCACCAGUGGGCACUGGAGUGUGAGGAGCUGAGCCGUCCCUUUGAUGCCCAGAAAAUUGUGUCUGGGGGCUGCACUGUAGACCUGCCUUAUGAAUUCCUUCUGCCCUGUCUGUGCAUCGAGGUGUCCUACCUGCAAGAAGACACCGUGAGGCACAAAAAAUGUCCCUUCCAGAGCUGGCCUGAAGCCUAUGGCUCGGACUUCUGGGAGUCGGUGAGCUUUACUGACCACAGCCAGCACAGCCAGAUGGUCAUGGCCCUGACACUCCGCUGCCCACUGAAGCUGGACGCCUCCCUCUGCCAGAGGCGGGGCUGGCACACCCUCUGCGAAGACGUCCCCAAUGCCACGGCUCGAGAGUCAGAGGGGUGGUAUGUCUUGGAGAAGGUGGACUUGCACCCCCAGCUCUGCUUCAAGUUCUCUUUUGGAAACAGCAGCCACGUUGAAUGCCCCCACCAGACAUUUGCCCCAUCCUGGAACGUGAGCAUGGAUACCCAGGCCCAGCGGCUGGUCCUUCACUUCUCCUCAAGGAUGCCCGCCACCUUCAGUGCUGCCUGGAGCCACUCAGGCUUGGGGCAGGACAGCAUGGUGCUCCCUGUGUACAACGUCAGCCAGACUCAGGGCUCAAGCUCAGUGACACUAGACCUCAUUGUUCCCUUCCUGAGGCCAGGGGGCUGUGUCCUGGUGUGGAGGUCAGAUGUCCAGUUUGCCUGGAAGCACCUCCUGUGUCCGGAUGUCUCUCAUAGGCUCCUGGGGCUCUUGAUCCUGGUACUGCUGGCCUUCACCACCCUACUGGGUGUUGUUCUGGUGCUCACCUGCCAGCGCCCACUGUCAGGCCCAGGUCGAGCGCGGCCGGUGCUGCUCCUGCACGUGGCGGACUCCGAGGCGCAGCGGCGCCUGGUGGGAGCGCUGGCUGAACUGCUGCGGGCCGCGCUGGGCGGCGGGCGCGACGUGAUCGUGGACCUGUGGGAGGGCACGCGGGUGGCGCGCGUGGGCCCGCUGCCGUGGCUCUGGGCGGCACGGGCGCGCGUGGCGCGGGAGCGGGGCACCGUGCUGCUGCUGUGGAGCUGCGCCAGCCCGAGCCCCGCCGGCGGCCCGGAUGCCCGCGCCGCACCCCUGCGCACCCUGCUCCGCGCCGCCCCGCGCCCGCUGCCGCUGCUCGCUUACUUCAGUCGCCUCUGCGCCAAAGGCGACAUUCCUCCGUCCCUGCGCGCCCUGCCCCGCUACCGCCUGCUUCAAGACCUGCCGCGCCUGCUGCGGGCGCUGGACGCGCGGACUUCUACUCAAGCCACCAGCUGGGGUCGCCUCGCGGCCCGGCCGUGCCUGCGGGGUCGCGUGGAGCUGUGCCGCCAGCUGGAACGCGAGGCCGCCAAACUUGCCGAUCAAGGCUGAGCAGAGCUCACCGCAGUCCAGAUGUCUGUGGCCGCAGGCCUAGGGGCACUGGCUGGAAGCCCCGAAUGAGGCUUCUACCCUGGAAUCGUUGGAUGCCUCCUAGGGGCCACUGGCCACAAAGCCUUACGCUACCUCCCAGCCCGGGAGCGGGGCAUCACACUCACUGUCCCAGCCCGUUCCCCACGUUCCCCCAGGGUCCAGUCUCUUCCUCAUGCUUAUGCUUGAGGGUUCUUUCCCUCAGAGCCCCCAGGGAGAGUCACUCUUUCCUGAGAACUCCUCUGACCUCAGUGCUGUUGUGAGUGGGGGAUCGUCCCACUUCCUCUCUCCGAAAUUCCAGAGAAUAGUCGUCUGCACGUGCUCCAGUCCAGGCCAGAGAGGUUGGGACAGGGGUUGGGGAGGCAGGAGACAUGGCAGCUCUGAGUGGGAGGUGGCUGCAGAGGGGGUGGGGGGACAGAAACCCCUUUGGGAGCCAGGGAUCCCCCUUUUCCAGACCGGGGCCCU